AAUACGUGGCAGCAUACAAUAGAUCAAGUGCUGCCUGUUACAUGGCCAUCCUUCUGUUUAGAUCAUUAUUUGUUUUCAUUUCAAACAAGUAGUAGGUACUCGUUUUACAGAAUCUGAACAGUCCUGAUAAAUACAAAUUUUAACUGCUGUGUAUUUGAGGCAAGCGAAACGUCACGAUGACGUUAGCUACAAAACACAAUAGCAUGACUUCACCACUAGCGCUCCUACAAUUGAUACUGUUUAUUACUUUCUCGUCAUCCGAAGCGGCGUCAACGGGUUCGUCAAGUUCAAAAACGCCUGCUCUAGUCCGGACGUCAGUUAUGCAUCCCGCGUUUGAAUCUGCCGGCAAAACUGCUGGACUCAAAAUUUGGAGAAUCGAGGAUUUCGAACCUGUGCCUUACCCAGUAAAGGAUUAUGGAAAAUUUUUCACCGGAGACUCGUACAUUGUUUUAAACUCAAUAAAAGGUAAAAACGGCCAGCUUUCAUCGGACAUUUUCUAUUGGUCGGGUACUACAUCAUCUCAAGAUGAAGUUGGUGCUGCAGCGAUUCUUUCUAUUCAAUUAGAUGACGCUCUUGGUGGAAGCCCAGUGCAACAUAAAGAAACUCAAGAUCACGAAAGUCAAGCUUUUCUAUCUUUGUUCACACCUUCUAUACGUUAUAUGCCUGGUGGCAUAGCUUCCGGUUUUCAUCAUGCAGAAAUUAAUGCUGGAGGUGAAAAAAAACUAUACCAAGUUAAAGGCAAAAAAAAUAUUCGAGUCAAACAAAUUGAACCAAAAGUGACGUCCAUGAACCAAGGUGAUUGUUUCAUUUUGGACACAGGCAAAGAAAUUUUUGUGUAUGUAGGACCUCAAGCUAAAGGAACAGAACGUUUGAAAGCUAUAAAUGUAGCUAAUCAAGUAAGAGAUCAAGAUCAUUCUGGAAGAGCCAAAGUAAACAUAGUUGAUGGAUCAAGUACCCCAGACGAAUUUGAAAAGUUCUUUAAAGAAUUAGGAUCUGGAUCAGCCAAACAAGUUCCUGCGGCUGUAGACGAUGAUCAAGAAUUUGAGAAAAAAGAAACAGCAACACCUGUCUUGUACAAAAUAUCUGACUCUCAAGGUGGAAAAAUUGUAUCUGAAAAAAUCGACCAAAAGCCUCUUGUUCAGUCACAUUUGAAAACUGAUGACUGCUUCAUUUUGGACACUGUUUCGUCCGGAAUAUACGUUUGGGUUGGCAAAAAGGGUACAACUCAAGAAAAGGUAGAAUCUCUAAAGCGCGCACAAGUUUUCAUUAAGGAGAACAACUAUCCGGCAUGGACAAGAGUAAUCAGAGUUAUUGAAGGCGGAGAACCAACAGCCUUUAAACAAUACUUUGAAAACUGGAAAGAUAACGGCAGUCGUACUCGUUUGUAAUAAUUGAAAAAUGACCAAACUAAUUUGGUUUUACUGAAAACCUAAUAAAUUAAUACUUUGUUUAUUACGACAUAUUAUUAUAGAUAUCUAUUACACAUUUUAAAUCAAAUAUUUAAAUUAAAACGAUAACACUUAAUUAUAUUAUAUAACUUAUAUUUUAGUAAGAAUAAAGUGUAUGUUGUAUUUUAUUGUGGAGUGUAAUAUUAGUUUUUAAUGUUUAUUUUUAUACUUAUUUGUGAGGAGUUUAAUAGUAUUAAUAAAAAAAAGUAAUAAAGUUCAUUAUAAAUUAUGAACAUUAGGAACACACUUAAAAACUUAAUUAAUGUAUUACACUAUUACAUA